UUGUCUUUUCCACAUAAACAUUAUCCACAAAAAUGUUAGAUAAUUGUAUUAGUAUGGAGUGUGGACCAAAUGAAAAAAGGACAAAGAAAUCUUAGCUUGGCUAGCUGCCCUAAAACCCCAUUAGAAAAAUAUCUUUGAUCUCACAAGCAAAUAUCCUCCCUCAUCAAUCGUCAUAUAGAAUAUAGGUGUACAUUUUCUCCUCUCAAUACUCAAAAAACUAGACAGAUUUUCACUCUUCUUUAAUCCAACUGUUUAAAGAGUGUCAAGAAUGGAAAGCCAAGUUAUAAGGCGUAGGAUCGACACCAUUUCUGGUCAUCUUGCUGUUGGGAUCAUCACUGAAGAUGUCACUGCACCCAAUUCCCAUUUAUUUCCUUUGAACUGCAGCAGCAAUCCAUGCACUUCAUUACGAAGGCUCGAUAACAGAAUGCACUAUGGACGCCAAUCAUCCGCCUCACAAGGCUAUUUUAUGAGGCAGGCUAUCAAUCCUGUAGAACAGGGAAACCCGGUUACCAGACCUGCAGUAUGUUCUGCAAAACGCGUAAAUGAAGCAAAGGGUAUUGCAUCCGAGCCACCAUUAUAUUCUCGCCCUGGCUCAACCGAGCCACUCUUUUCCAGACCCGUUGAGGAGGAAUCAUACUGUUCUUAUAUUGGUUCAACUGAAUCGUUCGAGCAAUAUAAGGUAUUACCUACAUCAGAGUGUCCGACGGUUUCCAUACUGCAAGAGAAGCAAGUCACUUCCACAAGAAACAUAUUUUCUUCUCAAAAUGGAAGUCAAUGGUUGCCAAGGAUAAACGUUGUUGAAUCAAGAACUAGCCAUGUAAUCACGGUAGAACUUCCUGGAGUCAAGAUAAACGAUAUUAGAGUGGAGAUCGAUGACAAAAACUUAAUUGUGAGAGGAAAACGCACGAUGAAAUGGUGGAGAAGCUCGGGUUGUGGGAAUGAUUCUAGCACGACCUACCACAGGCAGGAGAUUUCGCAAGGACCUUACCGACUCAUGUGGCCACUGCCAACCGGUGUAAACAAGAACUCUGUAUCCGCGGAGCUUGUGGAGGGAAUACUUCAUAUCACGAUCCCAAAACUUUGAGCCUAUGAUUCAGAAGCGAGGAUAUGAUGAUUGCAAUUCGUUCGUAUGCGAGUCGAGAGGAUUCCAUAGACACGUAUUAUUAGUAUAUACAUAUGAGAAACGCGGAGAAUAUCAAGUAUGAAAUUGUGUACCCUUUGUUAUAUAGUCUCAUGUUUUUAUACGUUAAUCAAAAGAUACGAACAAAGUCGAGUGCUAUGUACCUUUGCUAUAUAUUUCCCGGUUUACUUGCA